GCGCUCGGAGCCCGCAGUCGGCGGGUCGGUGCGUCCUGUCCCGGUCUGUCGCCGCCGGCCCCGGCCCUCAGUUGAUUUCUUAGGGGUGAAAAGUAAGUGAUCUACUUCAAGUCUUAAGAUGUCCUUGAAGAUAUUCCUGGAAGAUGGUUUUGUAUGUGCACCAAGGGGAUUAUCCCUAUUAAAAAAUGUGGAGAUUCCAUUUGAAGAAAAUGGCUUAGAACUGAGCAGAUACUUUCCCAGGGUUUUCCAGCACCUGAGCAGGAAGAAUGGCUUUACCAGACUCUGUAACAGUAAAAAGUCACUAACGGAAGACAAAUGGAAUACCUAUUGCUUGUCUUCACUGGCUGCCCAAAAUAUUUGUAUGAGCCGAUUCAGCGUGAUGCCCCAGUCGGAGCAUUCUGAACUGCCCAGUGCUAUAUGUAACUCUUCCUGUACCUCCUUACUGAAUAGCUUCUCCUCGAGGUCAUCCCUUCACUCUCUGUCUGCGUCUGCUUAUGCGUAUGCCCCAAAUAAAGCCGUCUUCAUAGUGGAUUUGAAGACAAUGAAGAUCCUCGUCAUCAAUGACCAAGCUUGCGACCUCCUUGGCUGUGGUGGUCAAGAGUUGAUUGGCCAGAGGUUGUCGGUGUUCUUUUCUAAAUCCAGCACCUCGGUAGUAGAGGCGUUAAUUAAUGAGUCUGAUCAGAUGUCUGGACAAAAUGUCAUCGCUUUUGGAACAGUGGUGGACCUCAUCUGCUCCAGCAAGGAGAAGAUUCCCGUCUCCAUCUGGAUGAAGACUGUGGAGCACGAUAGUUCUCCCUGCUGUGUGGUUUUGCUGGAGCCCGUGGAGAGAUUCACAGUUUGGGUCACUUUCCAGAGCAAUGGCAAGGUGAUAUCGUGUGACCACCUUUUUGCUCAACUCUUUGGCUACGCGUGCUUAGAAGGAGUGAUUGGGAGCGAGAUCACGGACCUGAUUCCUUCUCUGCAGAGACCAUCCCCGGGCCAGCAGGUCACAGAGGACCUUAGGAUUCAGAGGCUGACGGGGAGAACCAGGGACGGCAAUGCCUUCCCCCUGAGCUUGAAGCUGCGGAUGGACAUCCCUGAGGAGGAGGAGGAGGUGGAGGAGCAGGAGGAGGAGGGCCAGGAGGCCUCUUCGCGGUCCAUCUACUCAGCUUCCCUCUGGAUUUUCACCACCAUCAGCGGCUUAAUCACCCUUCAGCCUGACGGGACCAUCUAUGGCAUCAACAGCAACUUUGCUCUAACAUUGUUUGGUUACGAAAAGGUGGAGGUGCUGGGGAAGAACAUCACAUUUCUGAUACCUGAUUUUUACAACCAAGUGGACCUGGUAGAAAAUAGCCCUGCGCCAUCGCUCAGUACUGUUGGCUUCUCGGGAGGAAGAAAUGAGAAUAAGGCGGAGAAGAGGAAGGAAGAUGACAAAGAGGCGCGUCGUGCAGAGAGUGCUAAAGGUGCCGGUGUUAAUAUCUUGCAUUCUGCAAAUGAACUUCGCCAAAUCCUGGAGGACCAGGAAUCAGCACAACCCUCAAGAGACCCUAGCAAGAUGGCGACCCUAGUUGAAAAUGAUGGGAACGGUUCUCUACUUUCAGACACACCCGCACCAGGGAUGGAUAACGUCACUGCCGACAGUCCGCCUGUGCGAGAGGGACAGCCCUCGUCUGGGGGAGCUUCUGAGGAGGAACCUGCGGAGUGGGGAACGGUGCAAGGUCAAAAAAGCGUAAUCGGCAUCUUGAAAAAGGAGUCGAGCCUUCAAUCUAAAAGAGUCCCGAAAAACCAGAGUUCAGUUGUUAUAUUGGGAGAAUCCCCUUCUCAGCCACGGGGCUUGGAAAAUGCCAGUGGAGAAAGUGACUUGUCGGGGGCCCCAGGUGUUACUGAAGUCACCGAUGGCGUGGACGCCUCUGCUUCCAGUGGUAAGAGGCACUCUCCUGAGACUUCAGACUCCCAGGCGACCCCUCCACCCAGUGUGGAUGGGCAGAAGCUGGACGCUUCCGAGGACAGCUGGGGAGCAUCAGCGCCAGAGGACGCUCUUUCAGCCCACGGCCCUCUGAAACAUAAUAACGUGGAUCCCUCGAAAGGGGGAUCCAUGUUGGAGAAGCAAGCACUGAAUGCUCCAGCAACCUCCACCCCUGUGAAAAUGGGGAGGCAACAGACCCCGACACUGGGCCUCCACCUGGAGAUCCAGGAAGGCACUUACACUGGGACCUGUCAUCACCGAGAUGGGGCCGAGCUCAAUAUACAGUUUGAAAUAAAGCACGUGGAGUUAAAGGGACCUGCAGAUUUGUUUUGCUGCUGGGUGGUAAAAGACUUCUUCCAAAACCAUCGCACAAUGGGAAGGGCCCAGUACCUGUUUUCCAGCUUCUGCUCCUCAUCUCAGUCCUUACUGGAAGAGCCUAGGAGCGGCACAGAAAUGAGAAGACCAAAAGAUUAUCUGGAUGAAUACUCCCGGGACAGAGACUUGGAAGGACUGAGGGCUUAUGAUGGAGAAUAUUCUAAGCAUUAUAUCACCCUGAGGCCCAUUGGCAGUGGGGCCUUCGGCUCUGUCUGGAUUGCUAAGAGUAAGGAAGAAGACAAGGAGGUGGUGGUCAAGUUUAUUAAGAAGGAGAAGGUGUUGGAGGAGUGUUGGGUGACAGAUCCCCAAAUGGGAAAAGUGACUCAAGAGAUUGCCAUUCUUUCACAGAUGCAGCAUCCCAACAUCAUUAAGGUACUAGACGUGUUUGAGAACGAAGGGUUUUUCCAGCUCGUGAUGGAGAAACAUGGCUCUGGCAUGGAUCUCUUCACAUUCAUCGACAACCACCCCGCUCUGGACGAGCCCCUGGCCAGCUACAUCUUCAGACAGGUGGUGUCAGCCCUAGUGUACCUCCGAUCCCAAAACAUCAUCCAUAGAGACAUUAAAGAUGAAAACAUCAUCAUUGCAGAGGACUUCACAAUUAAGCUGGUGGAUUUUGGCUCAGCUGUUUAUAUGGAACCUGGCAAAUGCUUCUACACCUUUUGUGGCACCAUCGAGUACUGCUCCCCAGAAGUCCUCAUGGGACAUGCCUACCAAGGACCAGAAAUGGAGAUGUGGGCCCUCGGGGUGACCCUCUAUACUUUAAUGUUUGAAGAGAAUCCUUUUAAUGAGUUAGAUGAGGCCCUGGAGGCUGUAAUCCUGCCUCCCUUUUCAGUCUCACCUGACCUUUUGAACCUUCUCUGUGGGCUCCUGGAGCCCAACCCAGAAGAGCGCAUGACCUUGGACACACUGAUACACCAUCCUUGGGUAAUCCAGCCUGUGAACUUAGCUAACUAUUCCUGGCAGGAGGUGUUUCACUCAGCUGCCAUACCAGAAAGUAGUAUUCAUUCACCCUAGAGGAGAGAGAGGAAACUGAACGAAACAGAAUUCCAGUGGCUAAAGUAUCCUGAGAAUGUGCUCUCCAAAGGUGAAGCUGAGCUGCCUCCAAGAAUGCACAAGCCCGUGUCUUUGAAGUCUGUCACUUUUUUGUAAGAGAAAAUAAUUAAAAUUCAUUAAACUGAA